AUGGUAAUCCAUAAUUCUAGUCCUGGAAAAAAAGGUAAUAUCUGGUUAUUCUGGAACAAAAGUAUAAGUCAACCACAAGUUAUUUCUGUCUCAAGUCAAAUGAUAACAGUCAGUGUUGGAGAUGUAUUAGUAUCUGGAGUUCAUGCACAUGUUAAAGUAGUUCAAAGAAGAUUUUUGUGGUCUGAAAUGCAGCUUGUCAGUGAUCUUAACAAACCAUGGAUAGUUCUUGGUGAUUUUAAUGCUGUAAUAUCUCAGGAAGAGAAAGUCGGAGGUAGACUUCCAAAUGAAACUGCAAUGUUGGAACUCAGUGAAUGUCUAAAUCAAUGUGAAUUACUUCCAGCUCCCAAAACAGGCUUACAAUUCUCAUGGUCAAACUGUCAACAAGGAAAAUGUUGGGAGAAAACAGUUGUUGGAGACCCUGCUUUUCAGUUCUUGCAAAAAUUGAAAGAGUUAAAAAGAGCUUUGAAUGAAUGGAAUUGUAAGGUUUUUGGUGAUGUUAAUGUCAAGAUAAAAAAGCUGAAGAAAGAGUAA